UUUUCAGGUUCAAAGAGGUGCUGUCCACCUCAAGCCUCCUCCACCUGCACGCUCCUUCCUCCAUGCCCAAGCCCACCACCACCACCGCCACCUCCUGGUCCCUCCGGACCCCCUGGACCUCCAGGGCCCCCAGGACUUGUAGGAUGUUCAGGCAGUCCUGGAAUGGCCGGCUGUGCCGGAAUGAAGGGCGAACCAGGAGCACCUGGACUUCUAGGACCCCCAGGGACUCCUGGACUACCUGGUAAAGCUGCUCUCCCUGGGCCACCUGGACCACCCGGAUGUAUGGGAUCAGCCGGUGCAGCCGGUUGUCCCGGCUUUAAAGGUGCCCCUGGUGCAAUGGGUCCACCCGGUCCACCAGGACUUCCAGGGAAGGCUGCCCUACCAGGACCACCAGGACCAGCAGGAUGUAGAGGGGCACCCGGUGCUCCUGGCUUCCCAGGAUGUAAAGGCGCCCCUGGACCAAUGGGACUUCCUGGUCCUCUCGGACCUGCUGGAAAACCUUCUUUACCUGGGCCACCCGGACCACCUGGAAGCAUGGGACCUCCUGGUACUCCUGGAUGCAUGGGUUUGAAGGGAUGCCCAGGAGCUGCAGGUGCCCCCGGACUUGUGGGACCUGUUGGCCCUCCUGGACCACCUGGACCACCAGGACCCCCAGGAUCAGCUCCUGCACCGUGUGCUAGUACCUGUGGUGGAGGGUGUUGCUAGAGUUAAAAUCUGAAAAGAUUGUGAUGAUGAAACAUAAAGGCCACGAAAAAAGGAAUAUGAAAGCUUCUUUCUAGAUUCUCCAAGAUUGACACUAUGAUCGACAUCUCUAAAAGAAAGAGCCCCUUUGUUUGCCCACUUCAAAUGUGCUGAAAAUGUACAGAUAACAUUUUCCAGUAGCAAAUAAAGUAUUUCUUUGUUAUACAGAUUGCGCUUCCUUGAUACGUCCGGAGACAAUAUGUUUCUAGUAUUUUUCUUCCGAAAUUACGACUAUGACAUUCACAGUCUUUUUUUAAGACAGAUGCAUUAUCCAUGUAUGACUUCCGCUGUUGUCAGUGAACCUGAGUGGGACAACCUCACUGAAGUUUAUUGCCAUCUUGAACAUCACAUUGGCGCUUUCGUAAACCAUUUCCUUCUUUAGUAGCUUAAGAAGAGCAACUGCCGAUUUUUUUGGUCGAGAUAUUUCAAAUUAAGUUAAUAAUAUUGUUUCACGACCUUUGAUAUCUGAAAAAUAGGGCUAUCACUACAAAUCAAGGUUUUCAUAUGAUGUCAGCAAAAUUCAAACUAAGAAACUAUAGAUUCUUCUGAAUUUCUAUUUAAUGAGCUAUUAGGGCACCUUAACGCUUUUAUUAAUACAAAUUUUCGGUUCGAAAGGGUUCUCCGUUUACGAUAGUGGACGCUUGAAUUUCCAGGCUUUUUCGUGACGCGGCAUUUAGCUGGUGACUGGGAAAGCUCUUACUUAUGAGGGUUCAAAAUGUUGUCGAUUUUUUGAGAUUUUAAAAUCUGAACAUUCCUUGUCGCAGAAUAAGUAUUACUUUAAUCUCUAUGAGUUCCUCAAGCAAUGAAUUCACGCAUUUGUAGGAAAACUCAGAGACAGAUGUUUCUGUUGGUUUCCGGAGGGGCCAUAUUUGUGCCCCUCAAAGGGACACCAGCAUGGCAUCUCCAUACAAAGCUUUUGGGGUAAAACGGUUCUCCGAAUAUCUCGCAAAUAAAAUAGCGCAAAGACCUGAUUAUUGGCAAAUGCUGUUUGUUUAUUUAUCAUCAUUUGUUUUCCAGAUUCUUCUCUUUCUGUAUUGAAUGGUUUGCAUAUUUAUUUUUGAUGGCGUGACAGUGAAAACAGAGAAUAUUAUCAUUACUGUUCGCAGUUUUAAUUAUUUCUCUCGUUUUGACUGCAUGGACAAGAUUUAAAUAGUUUGAGAGUAUUAAACCACCAAGAAGUGCAAAAAAAAUCUCAGCUAUAGAGGGUUUGUCAAAUGAACAAUAAAUUUUAGUACGGUGGCCGGUUCUAUCAAAGGUUGACAAGACAAGCCAGGUGAUUUUUUGGUAAGAUGGCUGGUUGUGGAUUGAUUGAAUAACAAACAGCAAAUUUUACCAAAGCAUGGCUGAUUCUGGGCCCAGAUGUCAGCUGAGAUGUCGCAAGGUCGAUUUUUCACUAAACCGGUGUUAAAUUUUAAUCCGGGUUCCUGUUUCUUUCGUUCGAAAGCGUUUUGCUUCUAUAUUGUUCAAGAAAAAGGGUAAAUGUUAAAGGAACACCAGGAAUCUUCUUUGUAUGCGUUCAGAUUUGAUGCCAAAUUUUGCCCUAAUAUUGGGUUACUUUAAUCCUCGUUACAACAAGCGGGGCAAGAUAUAUAUGUAUUGUGGCCGUAAUGGAAAGCCCUAGCGUUGUGAGACAAUCUUGUUUGGGAGGAGGGGGGAAGCGACAAUUGUCGAACACUUCUUGGCCUCGGCUGCCUACGUUGCGAGAUAGCACAGCCUAAACGCCUAUCUUUUGAAAAGAACCACUGAAAAAUGUUGGGACAAAAAGCAAACGAAGUCGCUUUGACGCAAACUCUACGAAUCCAAGAUUACAAGAAUUUUAGUUUCAUCCUCUAAGUCGAUAAAGCAGUUUUUUUUACCGUGAUGAAGAAUCAAAAGCGAAUUGGCUCCAACUGGAUUCGUUCGAACAGAGGGUUACCGUUCAAAACGUCAGCUUUCGUAUCUCCCUACUGUAGAAAAUUUCCUUAAAACUUUAUUGGUCCUUUUUCCCACCAACGGCGUAACAUCUUUUGAGUCAAAAUGAAAUAACAUCGCCAUCAAUUAUGCAUAUUCCACGAAGUGACAUAAUAAGUGUUUGAUAAGAUGAACACAUUUCACAGUUCUAGAGAAACGGUUCAGGUAGGGUUGAUUCCCCCAGUUUUUUUUUUUUUUUUUUGUAAUUUUCGAACAAGCCUCUCCUAUAAGGUAAACUAUCUUCAUACCCUUCUUUAUCAUUGAAUACAACCAAAAAAUGAAGUUAGAACUGUUCUUUUAAAAUGGAAUGUACAAUAAAUUGGUUACCUCAAAUCAAAUUGUCAUAUAGAAUGCAAUAUUCUUUUCUUCACAGGCAUCAAAAUGAGUCUGCCUUUUUUUCUGUUGGCAACAGCCCUUUUUGCUGCUUCAUCGAUCGCAAAGUCAAUUUCAAAAGAAGGUAAGUUGAUAAAUUGUAGAUCACUAGGGUUGACUAAGAUUGUCUCGUUUGAGACACAAAAAUGUCGAUGGCGAUAUGUAAUGUAGUAUGAGCUUUUGAUUCUGUGAAUCACUAGACUCGGUGUUUAUUUCAGCGUAGAACAAUUUUCCCAAAAGUGAACAUCGGAUGCGAUUAUGUAAACAGCACUAUGAAAUACCCUGUAAAUCUGAAGAUUAUUCGGUCACAAUACAUUUACCUGAUUCAACAUUCACCAUAACCUCUGAAAGCAUCAAAUAAUUCUGUUAAAAGCCUUGUCAUUGCUUGAGAGUUGUGUUAAGAGAAAUCAGAUUUUAUUCUCGAGGAGACUCUUUUUAUCUUGAUAAAAUUUUUAGCUUUUUAAAUGCGCAAUUCAACCAUUUAUACGAUAAACUAUUUAUCUUUUGGCUCUGUCCAUCAGAUUCUAAAUCUGUUGCAAACAUCAUUUUUCGGCAGUUUUGUUAACUAUGGGUAGACGUUACUGGUACUUGUAAAUCGAAAGGACAUCGAAGUUAGUAAAAACCAAUUCAAGCAUGCAGGAAUAAAUGGGUUAAAAUACGUAGGGUUAGGUUAAAACCUUAGGAAAAAUGACACUGAUUUUGUUAUAUUUUCUUAAGGGAAGGAAUAGAAAUCUGAAUCUUAAGAUGGUUAGAAAAAUUAGAUUUACCUGUAAUGAGGAUGGUGACACUGUGAUGUAUUCGUGAGAUGUAUCAUAAAAUAUACAUUAUCAAUGGCGCAAGGAUAAGCAAAAAGACCCACACGCUUUAUCCCAACGAGUUGUCUCGACAAUGUCAAGCUAAUAUUUCAAUGAACCUGCGUACCAGUCGCGAAAAAUAGAUCAAUCCUACUGGCCUUAUGCUUCGGAAAUUUGGUGAGUGAGAUGCCAUUAAAAGAAACAUGCUUUCCGCCUCUUCUAAAAGAUGGGCUUUCUACAUCUUGCAGUCGAAAGAGCUGUUUAAUUAUUAUUAUAGUUAUUAUUAUUAUCAUCAUUAUUAUUAUUGAUGUUAUUCACUCCACGAAGAACUUCAAAAAACAAAACACUCGCAAUAAAUAAGCCUUUCGCAAAGCUGAUUUUCUUCUAUACAUUCUAUAGUUAGUUUAGUUCAGUGUUAUACAAACGAAGUUAGAAAAUUAACAAUAAUAUGUUGGUUCUUUACGUGUUUACUUAUAUUGGGCACGUUGUGAUUUUUUAUCAGGUACAAAGAGGUGCUGUCCACCUCAAGUCUCCUCUUCAUGCACACUCGCUCCUCCUUGCCCAAAUCCACCACCACCACUGCCACCUCCUGAAGUCUCCGGACCCCCUGGACUUCCUGGACCCCCAGGACUCCCAGGAUGUUCAGGUAGCCCUGGGAUGUCCGGAUGUGUCGGAAUGAAGGGCGAAGCGGGACCACCUGGACCUCUAGGACCCGCUGGACCUCCCGGACUACCUGGUAAAACUGCUCUCUCUGGACCACCUGGACCACCAGGAUGUAUGGGGCCACCCGGCUCGGCCGGUUGUCCCGGCUUUAAAGGUGCCCCUGGUGCAAUGGGGCCACCCGGUCCAGCAGGAAUUCCGGGAAAGCCUGCGCCAAUUGGCCCACCCGGACCAGCAGGAUCUAGGGGAGCACCUGGGGCUCCCGGUUGUCCCGGACUUAAAGGUGGUCCUGGACUGAUGGGUCUUCCUGGUCCUUCUGGACCUGCAGGAAAACCCUCCCUCCCUGGCCCUCCCGGACCACCUGGCUGCAUGGGACCACGUGGUUCUCCAGGAUGCAUAGGUCCAAAAGGAUGCACAGGAAAUGUUGGUGCUCCAGGGCUCGUAGGACCCCCUGGCCCUCCCGGAUUACCCGGACCACCUGGACCAGCACCCUGUCCGGAAGCGCCUGCUCCAGCGCCUUGUCCCUGUCCUCCCCCCUGUCGUAGAUAA